CUCAUAUUUGUACGAGAAACAAAUCAGCAGCAAAAAAUAUACACUGAGGUGGCACAUAAAUACUUAAGUGUAGAUUCUGUUUCUGAUACCAUAUGACCCAAAAAGUGUGGCUAAAGCAUCCAUCAUAUGGAAUCCUGAUCUCUUUCGCAUUUAACCAACGUGGGUCUUUUAAUUCUUCCCAAUAUUUUUACACAGAAGGGCUUCUUUCAGUUCCAAAAAGAAAGAAAGAGGAAAACAUUUUGGACACAAAACUGCCAAAGUCGAAACUUUACUUGCUAAUACUGAUGCGGUCUUUCUAUGUUAUCAUUUUGUCAAAAAAUUGCAAAGAAACCUCUUCAUUCUCUAAUUUCAACAACUUCAUUCAAAUCCAAUCUCAUUCAACACUUGUCUUUAUCCACCACUACUCACUCCUAUCUUCUAUCACUAACUUCUACUCUCAAAUCUCUUAACCAAACGAAACAAUCUCACGCUUUUGCACUUCUAAAUGGCUUCCUUCCACAAAGUAUCUCUCUUUGCGCCUCUCUUAUCCUCCGCUACGCCACUUUUCACCACCCAUCAACCUCUCACCGUCUCUUUCAACAGACCCUUUCUUUUAUUCACUCUGCAUUCUUGUGCAAUACCCUUAUUAGGGCUUUCUCCAUUGCUAAAGUCAAUGAUAACUUUGAAACUUAUAAUCAAAUGGUUAGAAAUGGCAUUAGGCCUGAUGAUCACACCUUCCCUUUUGUCCUCAAGGCUUGUGCUGAUAAUUUGAAUGUUCAGAAGGGUAUGGAGAUUCAUGGGUGUGUGUUUAAACUCGGGUUUGAUUUCGAUGUCUUUGUGGGUAAUACCCUUUUGUUGUUUUACGGUAACACUGGCUAUUUGAGCGAUGCUAAGAAGGUGUUUGAUGAAAUGCUUGAAAGAGAUGUUGUGUCGUGGAAUACACUUCUUGGAGCGUUUUCAGUUAAUGGGUUUUAUCUGAAAGCACUUGAUUUGUUUUAUGAAAUGAAUUUGAGGUCUGGAUUUAGACCUAAUAUGGUUACUGUUGUUAGUGUGUUGCCGGUUUGUGCUGCGCUUGAAGAUGAGGUGGUGGCGAGUGAAAUUCACUGUUAUGUUGUGAAGAUUGGGUUGGAUUCUCAGGUGACUCUAUGUAAUGCCUUAGUUGAUGUGUAUGGCAAAUGCGGGAAUCUGAAGAGUUCAAGGCGAGUUUUUGAUGAAAUGAUGGAGAGGAAUGAGGUUUCUUGGAAUGCAAUUAUUACUAGUCUUGCUUAUAUGGAGCAUAAUAAAGAUGCACUUGAGGCGUUUAGAUUGAUGAUCAAUGAAGAGGUGAAACCAAAUUCGGUCACCAUUGCUAGUAUUUUACCUGUAUUGGUUGAAUUAGAACAUUUUGAUUUAGGUAAGGAAAUUCAUGGUUUCAGCUUAAGAUUCGGAAUUGAAUCUGAUGUUUUUAUUUCCAACUCAUUGAUUGAUAUGUAUGCAAAAUCUGGCCAUUCAACCCAAGCUUCUGUUGUGUUUCAUCUAAUGACUGAAAAGAAUGUUGUUUCUUGGAAUGCCAUGGUUGCUAAUUUUGCUCAAAACAGGUUUGAAUUAGCAGCCAUAGAGUUGGUGAGGCAAAUGCAAACUGAUGGUGCAAUUCCAAAUCCAGUCACCUUCACGAAUGCUCUUCCAGCUUGCGCACGAAUGGGAUUCCUUCGUCCUGGAAAAGAAAUCCAUGCAAGGGCAUUCCGCAUGGGAUGCUACUUUGAUCUGUUUGUCUCCAAUGCUCUGACAGAUAUGUAUGCUAAGUGUGGUUUCCUGAAUCUUGCUCGAAAUGUAUUUAACAUCUCCCUCAGAGAUGAAGUAUCUUAUAACAUUUUGAUUGUUGGAUAUUCUCAAACAACUAAUAGCUCAGAGUCUCUUAGUUUAUUCUUAGAAAUGGGGCUUGUGGGUAUGGAGCGCGAUGUAGUUUCCUACAUGGGAGUUAUUGCAGCAUGUGCAAGUCUAGUGGCGUUGAAGCAGGGAGAAGAGAUCCAUGCAUUAGUUGUACGGAAGAAUUUGCACAUGCAUAUCUUUAUUGCUAACUCACUUUUGGAUUUCUAUACCAAGUGUGGGAAAAUUGAUCUUGCUUGUAAGAUCUUUUACCGAAUUUCAGAGAAGGAUGCAGCCUCUUGGAAUACCAUUAUUUUAGGUGUUGGAAUGCUAGGUGAGUUGGAGGCUGCCAUCAAUCUCUUUGAAGCAAUGAGAGAAGAUGGUGUGGAAUAUGAUUCAGUAUCAUAUAUUGCAGUCUUGUCAGCUUGUAGUCACGGCGGGCUAGUCGAAAAGGGGAAGAAGUACUUCGAGCAAAUGCAAUCUCAAAAUAUUAAGCCAACACAAAUGCACUAUGCCUGUAUGGUUGACCUCCUUGGCCGGGCUGGACUUAUGGAAGAAGCAGUAAAACUCAUUAAAGGUUUGCCUAUUAAACCAGAUGCCAAUGUAUGGGGUGCUAUGCUUGGAGCUUGCAGAAUCUAUGGGAAUAUAGAGUUGGCAUCUUGGGCAGCAGAACAUUUAUUUGAGUUAAAGCCACAGCAUUCUGGAUACUACGCCAUUCUUUCAAACAUGUAUGCAGAAGCAGGAAAAUGGGAUGAGGCAAACAGGGUAAGGGAGCUAAUGAAGUCGAAGGGUGCAAAGAAAAAUCCUGGUUGCAGUUGGGUCCGAAUUGACAACCAGAUCCAUGCAUUUGUAGCAGGAGACAAAAUUGAGAAAUUUGAUCCAGGUAUUUGGCUUGCAGAAUCAUGAUAAAAUUAUUAGAAACUGCAAUUCAGUUUGAAGACUGACUUUGGAAAGUAAGCUGCAUUUGAUAAGAAGUCUCAGGAUACAAAGAUAGUAAAAUACAAGUUGCUGUUAUUUCAAGAGAUCACAGAGUUGUUUCGGUUGCAAUAAGAUCAUUGACAGUUGAACAUAGUA